UCUAAAAAAAAGUUUGAAUUUUUUUUUGAGUGAAAAAUAAUAAUUUUCAGUUUUCAUAGUUUUUCUUUGUGUGCUGUGGUUUUAUAGUGACUAGUGAUUAAAAGUGAAUAAUCCAGCGAUUUACUUAAAAUUUCUUGGAAUAAUUAAUAAUAUAUUAUGUCAACAGUCGUGAUGCCCCAAACCACGGUGUACGAUUUUGGAGAUUUACUCCUUAAGAGUGCUCAAGGUGGUUUUACAAAAAACACAUCAGAUUCAGGAACAACUCCUCUUCAUCAAUUAGCUGUAGGUGGGCCAACGUUAAGUCCUAGACAGUUGCACAAUGCAUUAAGUCGUGUAAGCUCUAGUCCAGCAGCAGCAUUGGUUAGCUCAUUGCUCGAUAAUUUAAACCAUAGACGUUUAGAACGGACACAAUCAGCGCCAGUCGCAACAGCAAAUCAAAUUCAAGCAUCAACCGCAAAUACCUCCAGAUAUAAGACAGAAUUAUGUAGGCCAUUUGAAGAAUCUGGUAGUUGCAAAUACGGUGAUAAAUGUCAAUUUGCACAUGGCUUGGCAGAAUUACGCAGUUUGGCUAGACAUCCAAAAUACAAAACUGAAUUAUGCCGAACAUACCAUACAGUAGGUUUUUGUCCAUAUGGACCACGGUGCCAUUUUGUACACAAUCAAGAAGAGGCACGCAUACAUAAUAGAGCUGUUGCAGCAUUUUUGGCUGCACGUGUUGGUAAAUCACGCCCACCAGCCUUAAGUCCAUCAUUAUCAAUGGGUUCGGCUGAUAGUCCAAAUUCAAGUCUUAGUCAAUCACCAACCUCAAGUCUUGGAUCGUUCUUCAGUAGUGAAUCAGAAUUAUUACAUUCACCAGCUGUGUCGCCAAGUGUUUCCUUACAUACAAGUUCACCAUCACCUCCACCUAUUUCCACAUCGACAUCAACAAAUACCACCCAACCACAAGUAGAUGCCGAAUGGAGAUUACCUGUAUUUAAUCGUUUGUCAGCAAAUAUACUGGCACUCGGAGAUCUCGUAUUGUAGACCACACUUUUCGGGGAUUAUCCAAAAAGUGUGUGAAAGCAGUACUUUUUUUUAUUAUUAUUUUUGUUUUAAAUUAUUGCAAUAUAUUAUUAUAUGGACCAUGGUGGUUCACCCUACGUGCCUUCAACUGUACAUAUACUCGCGACAAACCGUGCCUGUCGUGUCCAAACAAGCUCUAGGUUAGGUUUAAUUAUUCAAUUCGCUUUCAUUUCGCGCCUCAUCCAAAUGAAACAGUUUUAAAAUGUGGGUAUUUAUUAUUUUGUAUUUAAAAUCAAAAGAAAAGAAUAUUGUGAAUUUUUCAUCCAUAUUUUUUUACUCGUAUUUAUAAAAAUGUGUUUGAGGUCAUGGGCUCAUACAUGCAAUUUUCAAUAAUUAAAAAUAACUCAAAAAACCAAUCUUAUUUAUAAUUAUAU